AUGGCUUUAAUUGUAGGAAAUGGAUUAGCAGCAGCUAUAUUAUGGGUAUGUUUGCUUUUGUUUCCAGGAAGUUUUGACUGCCACUUUUCAAUCUGGGGACUUAUUGUCUUCUUGGGUUUGGCUCUCAUUAUAUCGCUGAUCUUCAAUAUUUCUCAUUAUGUGGAAAAGCAGCGACAAGGUAAAAUAUACAGUUACUCUGGUGACUACAUUCCCAGGGAUGAUGAAUAUUAUAUUGAAGACACACCAAUUUAUGGCAACUUAGAUAAUGUGGUCCCAGAAGCAACAGAUGAAAAUUACUAUGAGCAAAUGAAAGCCCGACCAGAGAGAUCUGUGAAUAAACUGCAAGACACCUCCCUACCUGCACAGUCAGCAGAUGAAACGCAUAUGUGCUAUGCCUCACUAGAUCACAGCUAUAAAGGGAAGCAACGAAAGCCCAGGAAACAGACUACUCCUGUGUCACACAAGGAUGAAGAUGAGCAAUUUCAUGCAAUGGAUGCCAGCACAUCUAAUACCACUUUGGUAAACAGUAUCCCACUAGAAAGCCAGGCAGUAGAGGAAAGCAUUCAUGAUGAUCCCAUCAGACUAUUUGGAUUGAUUCGAGCAAAGAAAGAUACUAUAAAUUAG